AUGGACACCUUACUAAAAUGGACACCUAGAGUCAUCCUAUCUGUAAGACGGAAGUGUCUCUAAGAUAGACACAUAGUGCCGGCCCCAAAGGUGUUCAUCUUAAGGCCGAUUUAGAAGGUACAAUUUUUGCUUAUGACUUUUGUGCGAGACUAGCAUAUGUUUUUGACCAUCCAGAGGUCCACAGUAGGGUUCUCAAAUGCUGCCUUCCCGUUUGAAUUUUCACUCUCAAUCCUGCUAUCCUGGCUAUUUUAUUUCAGAAUCUCGAUCCCGCCAUAUUUUUUCCUUCGAGUUUCUUGCUUUCAUUAUACAAUGUUUAAGACUUACCUUCUUGCAACAGGGAGCUUUGAUGUUUAAGGUUCUUGUCGUAGCCAUUAGCGACCGUAGCUUUAUCUCCUGUUUUGCUUAUUUAUUUAUUUUGUUUAUUUAUUUAUUUAUUUUUGAGCACAUCAGCACAAAAUAGAAGGUUUACUUCGAUCUGAGUUCUGGCCAUCUUGAAACAGCCAGUUGAGUUGGCGUAUAUAGAUGUUUCGAUUUCUUUACUGUUAGAUUCCAUUAGGCGAUGAAGCCAAUUGUCUACACUGACUACGGGUCAUGGAAAAUGUGUAUGAUCGAACAGCACAACCGAAUGCAAACAACCCCCAUGUAGAAAGUUUACUUUUCCACCCUUCUUGGACUUGGUCCUCGAUUGUUGUUUAAAAAUCUCUUUAUUUUCUUCCAUUCUUAAAUCCGCACAAACAUAGGUGUGUGUGACCUGCAAUAGUUUGCAAAACAGUCCUUUUUUUCACAAUCGGUUUUGAAAGGUGCCAAGUACGGGCGAAGACUGUAUAAAAUUAACCUUGCAUUUUUCGCCUCUUUAACUAGUUUCUUGGCCUCACUUCAGACCUCUUCUUUGAAAGUUCGCGCACGCCGUCUUUACCAAGUACCGGAAUCAGACAAAAACACGAACAGGUGAUAAUGGAUAAAUUUGGCUGGAUUCAUUUCCUUGGCGACUAGUACAAAGGCAGUGAACACAAAAGAGUCAAAAUGUAGUCACAACAAAACUUAAUUCCCAUAUCCUGCUACCUUUCCCUUACGAUUCCCGCAUCCCAACCCAAUAAGAAUGGGAAAUCCCGCUCCCGCUUAUUACCAAAAUUCCCGCCUUUCGCUCCUUUUUUUAGGUCGCAUCCCCAUCCCGAGUAUCAUCACAAAAAAUAGCCAAAUCCCGCAUUCCGCCAAACCUAUUGUGGACCCUCAAUCCACAGGCGUACAAUUUUCAUUUCAACAUCCACAAUGUGUCGUACGAAUGUCGUGGGUUCAAUUUACAUGGCAUCAUCUGUUGUGAAGUCAUGAUGCAUGCUAGUUGCUCAGGAUAGUCGUAUAAAGCAAAAAUCAUACCAUCUAAAUCGACCUUAAGGUACAUUCAACUGUAUUAGUAACUGGAUUGUCGGUUUUUAUUGUUGAUGGCUCAUAACAAGUAUUGCCAAUCCAAUAUUUCAGGUUUAAAACUCACAGAGUAUUUUUUAUAAGGUAAAAAUCAUCAUUCCGUGUAAAAAGAUGGGAGAACUUGAAGUUUUCCUUGCUAAGCAUGGCGGACAAAUCUCGGCUGUGGAACCUCUUCAGGUACAAGAUACCUGUAAGUACCUUUAAUGUUAAUGAUAUUUUAAUAAUAAUUUAUUAUUAUUGAAGGAGGUCUGUCUGGCUUCGAGAUUUGAGUGACUGUGGACAAAUUUCUGCCAUACUAUGAUCUCUACGCAAAUGAAGCUAUUAAAUUACACUGUAAGCCCUUAAAGCGUUAUUACUGACGAAACAAUAUAAGUUGUAAAAUUCUUUGUCACACUUUUAGGCAGUUCUUGGACUGGUCAAUUCCUUUUCAUUAAUUAAGGCCCCAUCCAAAUGAAUCCAGUCAUUUUUGAAACUGCAUAUUUUUUCUCCCCAGAUUGGUGGGAAUAUGAGCUUGAACGUUUCUUAAGAACGAAUGUUGCAUUGGAUUGAGUAAAAAUUGGAAAUAGUCAAACAAUAUCUUCCCUCGUACUUUGUGUGUAUUUAGUACUUCAGGUGAAACUACUCAUUGUUACAUUUGUUUGUCUUCUAACAAAAACCUGUACUAGGCAUCAAGGGAGGGCGGAAGUUUGGGCCAAAAAUUGCAUUUUUUGGGACAAUUUCUCCUUGAAAGUUACAGUUUUGUUAGGUAAAUAGUACAGAAGCAGACAAACAGUAAAAAAUCUGUUUACAUGAUAGAAAAAUAUCAUCCUUCCUCUCAAUAAAGAUUUUAUCAGUUUUUCUCGAGGGCCCCCCCUGACUACCCCUGUUCAUUGUCAUUUACAAGGAGGGGGAAACAUUUUUUCUCAAGCAUUUUUUGUUAUGCAAGUCACUAGAGUCACCCAAGUCACUCCCAGCAUGCUAGUCACCCAAGUCACUCUAAUUAACCAAGUCACCCAAGUCACCUAAGUCACCCCAGUCACCUAGUCACCCAAGUCACCCAAUUCACUCUUGUCACCCAAGUCACCCAAGUCACCCAAGU